AGUCAUCAAUCGAAACUUCAACCUUACAACUUCUGAACUUUUACUCUUUCACUCCUUUAACCUGAAUCUCCUUUUGCACCAAUUACUACCUAUCUUAUCUUCUUGCUCAACGGCUUAGCCAAGUUCCACAUUCGAUGACCGUGAGAAUUGAUCGCCGCAGCGCAAACAUAGCUGGCCUGCGGUGAUGAGUGUGUUCAUUUCCCCGUUGCGCCGGCCCAUCCGCGCCGCGGAUUGGGUAUAUCGCCGGUUCAGCUCAACUGAUUUCCUCGGUGCGGCGGUAUACCCCAUCGGUCCAAUUAGCCGUCGAAGCUAUGCAUCAAUAAAAGGAAAGAGACCGCGGACUGCUAUCUUCUUUCCAGGCCAAGGAGUCCAGAAAGUCGGAAUGCUUACGCCCUGGAUCGAAGCCUUCCCAGCCAGAGCCGCACAUAUAAUCGAUGAGAUUGAUAGUUAUAUGGGAUACAAGCUAUCAGACAUAAUACAAAAUGGCCCAAGCCGAGUACUAACCGCAACGCCCAACGCCCAGCCGGCGAUCAUGGCAACCUCCAUCUUCAUUCUCCGCAUCCUCGAGAACGAAUUCAACUUUGAUAUAUCUAAGCGAGUGGAUGUAUCGCUCGGACAUUCACUAGGCGAAUUCGCAGCGUUAGUGGCAGGAGGUGUAUUAGAAUUCGAAGACGCUUUAUAUAUGGUGCGCAAACGCGCGGAGGCUAUGGCGGAGGCUACCCAGAAGGCUAAAGAAAAAUACGGAGGAGAAUAUGGCAUGGUGGCUGUCGUUACGGAGCCCGAGUAUUUAACGCAACUGAUCGAGGCUAUAGACGACUUCGUGGGAUACCGCAGUGCUGGCGCGAGGAGUGAGAGCGCCGACUCCAUGAAGCCCAUCGACCAGGUACUUAUCGCAAAUAUCAACAGCAAGAAUCAGAUUGUGUUGAGCGGGAAUAUACAAAGGAUCAAGGAACUGACAGCUCAUGUCCGACAAUUCCUUGGCCACGACCCUAGAGCGGUUCGAUUAAAUAGCGACAGUCCAUUCCACAGUCCAAUCAUGAGGCCGGCAGUCAACGUGGUGCGAGAACUAGUCUCGAGGAAGAGUAAAGCAAAGGGCCGCGAAGAUAAGGAUGUCAUCACCUUUCCGGGUCGACUACAAUGUGUAAGCAACGUGAGUGCGCGGCCAUUCGAAGACGCCGCGGAUGUGAAAGACCUACUGGCGCGACAAUGCCUCGAAACUGUCAGAUGGUGGGACAGCAUCAAGUAUCUGGAUCAAGAGCAGAAAGUUAGAAGGUGGAUCGGUAUUGGGCCUGGAAAAGUUGGCAGGAACCUUGUAGGAAAGGAGGUGGGCAUGCGCGGGAUGGACUCGGUUAAAGGGGGUGGUGUCUGGGCUAUUACCGACCCAGUCGAGAUCGAAGAUGUUUUGAAAGGGUUAGAAAAGACUGAGUCAUUACAAGAGGAAGAAGAGUAGGAAGAGUACCGUCUACAUGAUACUACGUGGGACAAGAUGCCAACCCCCCUUUCCCCCCCCUAUGGUGUCUUAUAGAUGAUAUUUCAUGAUGGGAGGAGGUAGUUUUAGAUCUCUCAAGGUUCAUCGGGCCUUUUAAAACAACUAUAUGCUAUUACAUUGUAGGUACUUAGAUAUCAUGCUAGAUAAAUUUGCGUACAGACGUCUGUAAGAUGAUAGAUGCUACUCGAAUAAUAAACAUUUAUAUUUAUAUCUCUG